CGUCCAGACAGAGGGCUUGGAGCCAUGGCGCUGCGCAAGAGCAAUGCGCCGCCAGGUGCAGCACGAGCUCGGAUCCCGCGGAAUGUGCACUGGACUGAAGCGUUGUCUUUGCUUCAGUCGGCACGUCGGCGGUCUCUGCUUCAGUCGGGACGUCGGGAUUCUCUGCUGGCCCAGGAAGAUUACACCACGGCUACGAUCCUUUGUGCAAGAGGCAGCUGGCAGUGGGCAUUGUACCUCGUUCGGGAGGCCUGGCGCAGCUCCCUUCAACCGCGGCUUCUUGGUGUGAACGCUGUCAUCUCGAGUUGCAGUCGUGCCCGACAAUGGCAGAUCGCUAUCAGCUUACUCCCAUCGCUCAAAAGGGCAAAGUACAAGCCAGACGUGGUCUCGUACAGCGCUUGCAUCAGCGCUUGUGAGAAGUGCGCGAACUGGGAGUUGGCUUUGAGCUUGCUCUGGGAUCUUGCUUCAGCGGAGCUCCAGCUUGACUUGAUUGCUUGUAAUUCAGCCGUCAGUGCUUGCGAGAAGGGAGGAGCGUGGUGGUGUGCGAUGGAGCUCCUGCGCAGCGCGCAAAGCAAGACACUUCGAGCGGACACGAUUACUUUCAACGCCGCCAUCAGUGCCUGCGGCAAAGGAGGCGGGUGGCCGCUCAUGCUGGGCUUACUUCAGGAAAUGCAAACGACCCAGGUGACGAGGGACCUGAUCACUUUCAACGCAGCCAUAGCAGCAGUUCCUCCCGAGGCCUGGCGCGUGGCUGUGGCGCUCCUGGACGAGCUGAGUUCGUUGACGAUUGAACCGGAUCCUAUCACCUACAACUCCGUGAUCAACUCCUGUCCGUGGGAACACGGCUUGGAUCUGCUCGGCCAGCUGCAGCAAAGGCAGCUGGAAGCCAGCCUCAUCGCCUACAGUUCCGUGAUCACCGCUUGCGGGCGCACUGCGGCCUGGGAGAGGGCGCUGCACUUGAUGCGAGUGCUGAAGGAAGAGCAGUUCCAUCUCGACAUGAUUACUUACAACUCUGUCAUCAGCGCUUGCGAGCGGGGUGAUGCAUGGGCGCAUUCCCUGAGCAUGAUCCAGGAGCUCAAGGAUGUGCAGCUGCAUCCCAACCUCGUUUCUUACAAUGCUGCGAUCUCUGGAUGCCAGCAGCCAGGGCUCUGGCAGGAGGCAAUCGCUCUUCUGGCUGAAAUUGCUGUUCGCGGCUUGCGGGCCGAUCUAAUCACUUACAACUCCUGCAUCACCGCUCUGGAAAAGGGCGGCCAGUGGCAGCGAGCUUUCAGCAUGCUGCAACAGCUCAGAGAGGCCUUGCUUCAGGAGGAUGUCGUCACCUACAGUGCAGCCAUCAGUGUUUUCUCCGCUGCGACACUCUGGCAAGAGGCCCUGGGUCGCUUCGCGGAGCUCCACCACCGUGGCGAAAGCAACGUCAUCUCCAUCGGAGCCGCUAUCCAGGCCUGCAUGCAAAGCAUGCAGUGGCAACUGGGCUUGGGUUUGCUUCGGUUGCUGCAGCAAACGAGCUUGCGGGCGAACGUCAUUGUGUACAAUGAGGUGAUCAGCUUGUGUGAGCUGUGCAGCCAAUGGGAGCAGACAGUGUUGCUUUUCGAGGAGCUGAGGGACAAAAGUCUGGAGGUGGAUGUGCUGACCUAUACCACACUGCUUAGUGCCUGCACACAGUGCACCCAGUGGCAGAAGGCCGUGGCACUAGCUGAGGAGGCAGCGGGCCUUGGUUUGGCAGAUGAAAAACUCUACAACGCGGCCAUCAGUGCCUGUGGCGAAGGCAACCACUGGCGCCGGGGUCUGGCGUUCUUUCACGAGCUGUUGUCCAGCGGUCUGCCCGUGGACAUCGCGAGCUGUAACGCAAUGAUCGGCGCCUGCGACAGGGCCGGUUCUUGGAAUUUCGCGCUGGCGAUGUUUGAGUCGGCAUCCAACAUCGCCUUGCAGCCGACCAUUCUCACGUACACCGUGGCAUUUCGUUCUUGCGAAAGGGGCGAACAAGAACGAUCUGCUGUGUCGUUUCUGAAGGAGUUGCACGCGACGGCACUACAGACCUUGAAAGCUUGA